AGCAUGAGCUUGCUCUGCUGAACCCAUCGCCCUCAUCGCCCUCAUCGCGCCUGCCAGCACAUCACCGCACCGUUUCAUCCACGCAGCCUACCCUCGUCACCCGUGUGCUACUUUUUCUGAACCGGACGGCCUAUUACUACAGCCCGCGCCCGACCGCUGUCCAGAGUUUCUACGUGCUCCGGCCAACCUCGAACGACUCACACCGUCCUUCGGCGCAUACCAUCGGCCCGCGUGCUCGUCAUACACUAUCUUGGCCCGCGCCGAGAGUCUCGUAGUGAAGGAACAUGAGGAGGUGGACAUUAGAGAGAUGACGGCAACCUGCACAGCGCCCAAUGGCGCUUACACAGUACUUGACAGCAGGCAGCGCGAGAUCCCCUCACUUCAGCCGACAAGACCUCCCCCACGACCGCGACGGAAACGACGGAUAGACGCUCUGCUAUACGCGCUUCCUACCUUCGUUGUCUUUAUCGCCCUCGCCGUUCUCCCUACUGCGAAUGCCGUCUUCAUAAACUUCGAGAACUGCCUAGACCGCACCUAUCGAUUUGCGGAUGAUCCGCCGCGGCUCCAGUUCACCCCCAUGCACGUCUGGGCCUCGUUCAACACCACGUACCCGAGCCAUAAUCUUAACGUUACAAUCUACGGGAAUGUCUCCGGACAAUCAACGCCCGGCCCGUAUCUCCCACCAGACGACCCUGACUGGACAGAUCCGAACAAGACGUUUGGCAAAAUCGUGGACGUCAGCCAGAGCAACAACAAGUUCACCACCCUCUUCUCCAGCUUCAAGGUUCUCACAUACUCUGCAUACUCUUCGCCGGCCACCGAGUUCUGCCUCAGCACCGUCAACGCUUCCUGUCCAAUCGGUCCGGCGUUUAAUGGCAGCGGUCAAUUUCCUAACGCCAAUGCUAGUGAUCCGUACACAUUGCCCGCAUUCACCGUCGGACAUGACUUCUACAGCAGCUACUCAUUUGCAACCUGGGCCUCCACGGUGCGCAUUGUGUCGGGCGACGCGAGUGCUAUUACUUUGGCAUGUGUAUCUGCGAACAUCACACCAGACCUUGGGAACAAGCUUGCCGACGCCUUGUGUUACCUCCCUGCUGCUGUACUAGCCCUGGUGGGGAUCGCGACCGUCUUCGCCGCAACCUCGAGCCCUUGGGGCACCACGAACAUCUUCCGCUGGACAAGCAACUAUGGCAGGGACGAAGAUCUGCUCCGGCUGGUCACUCCAGGCUUCGGUGACUGCCUGCAAUACAUCCAGUUCAUCGUAUUGGCCGGCAGUCUAGGCUUAGCCUAUCCCGGAUAUUUCCAGCCCGUCGUCAGCCAGGCCAGCUGGUCGGUUCUCAUGUUCAAUGAGAGCCUAGUGAGCCAGGGUAAUGGCUCGCAGAGCCUGGUGGACGGCAUCUACUUUUCCAAUGCGACAUACGGCAUUUCUCGCCUUGGCCAAUACGUGGGCAUGUCUGAGGAGAAGGAUAUUUGGGCCGGCAUGGCUGUCUGGCUAUUGGUGCUCAUUGGAGUCGUCAUCGUGGUUGUCCAGCUGGGCUUCUUCGGUCGCUGGCUCUUCCGUCUAAUCACCGGCACUCGGGAUACCGAUCUGCGCGAGAUGAACUGGCCGUUCACGGCUGGCAAUGUCGUGCGCAUUGUCUUCAACUUUUUCCUGUUGCCUAUUGUAUCCCUUUCUCUAUACCAAAUGGUGGUCGCACCACGCUCGCCCGCGUCCGUCGUAGCCACGGCAGUCAUCCUCCUCCUACUUGUGGCCGGCGUGGCGGUCUGGAUCUUCUGGUUCAUUUUCACGACCCGACCGCGCGCCCACCUGUUCGAUGAUCUGCCGACAGUCCUGACCUACGGACCGCUCUACAACACUUAUUCCGACGAUGCGGCGCCGUUUGCCUUCAUUCCCGUCUUAUUGACGUGCAUACGCGGCAUCGCCAUUGGCGCGAUCCAACCCUCCGGUAUCGCACAAAUCAUCGUACUCGCCAUUUGCGAAGUAAUCUUAAUCCUUACGCUGCAUGCCUUCCGGCCGUUCCAGUCUAAUACGUCGAUGAACGCAUACCACACUUUCUUCUCGGCUGUGCGCCUCGUCUGUACGUUGCUCUUGAUAGCUUUCGUUCCCACCCUCGGUGUCUCGGAGUCCUCGAAGGGAUGGAUUGGCUAUGCGAUCCUCUUGCUUCACGCCAUUGUCUUGGUGUUCGGUUUCUUUCUCAACUCGCUUCAGACAAUCAUCGAGGUCGCUGCAAGGCUUGCCGGUGCAGGAGCGGACCAAAGAGGAGGCUUGACGAAGGUCUUGGGUGUACGCCAACUAAGCAAGCGCACUCAUCGGCAUCAGCGCAGUAGCCUCAACUCGGAUGCGGCGAUGCUGGGACCUGAGGCUGACAAAGGCGGACGAACUCGAAGUUUGUCAGGGAGCUCAGCGGUUCUUUUGAACCAACCCUUUGGCGGCAGUCACCGUGCCAGCCUUGGGUUUGAUCAAUUCAGCCAAGGCGGAGACCUUAGCCACGGAGGGACGAGCCCGGGGACACCAGGGACGAAUGCAACUCCAUUCAACUUCCUGGGAGGAUCUGCACAGAGCUCUCGACGGCCCACAAUGGGUACUACUUUGGAGACUCCCGACCCAUACUAUCGUCCUCCUAGACCACGUAAGCAGACGAUGGAUUCCUUAACAAAUAGCGCUCCCGGAGUAUCAAACAGAACCUCCAGUGGAAGCGCAGAGCUUGCUAAUACACCUUAUGCCGAUCUCCCGGAGCACGUUGGAGCUGGCGAUACUGGCGAUGCAGGUGAAGGUCCAUCUUCCUGGUCACCGAAUCGGUCAAUCACACCAGCCUUUCUGCGUAUGCACCGUGAUGACUCCGAUCCCAAUCUCGAGCAUCGCAGCAAGACAGAUUACUCUGUGCGCGAAUCCGACUUCUACUAUGGUCUUCGUGGACCCGCCCUCUCAGCCCAGCCUACCAGAAAGCUAAAGACGGGGCCCGCAGAUCCGAUGGGGCCGGUGUCAUCUGCCACUGGUUGGUUUAAAAGCUUAGGGCUGUUUGGUGGAAAGAAGAAAGAGAAGACCAAGGGAUUUGAGGUUGUGCGGAGCACGCGCAUGCCGCCGCAGAUGAUGACCUUGGAAGAGGAUGACGAGUCACCACAUAUGCCACACGAGCCGUACCGUGAUAGCCCCGAUACACCAACUGGUGCCAAGAGGUCCCUACAACAGGACGAUCCCGAGGCCGGCCUUGGAGCUGGAGCCGGAGCUGGUGCUAUGAGAAGGUCAAACGAUAGUGAGUCGGACAAGAGCACCGACGAACCUUUUGACCAUUACAUACCUAUGCAAAACAGAGUGUCUGACUCUGCGCCCACUCUAGGUCCGAUUGAGACUGUAGGCGGUAUCGAGCUCCCCAGCCGGAUAGGCUCUCGCGCGUCGCGUGUCACCCAGGAUCCUCCACCACUCUUUGUCCCGACACUACCACGUAAGAGUUCGCGGCGCACGCCAUCUACGGACAAGGCUAUCCUGGAAAGCAGCUCUCGCUUAUCGACGGUGAUGGCCUCCCCACCAAGUACCCCUGGACGCGUGUCCGCACAUCUGCCUCAGGACCAAAGCCAGCACCUGCAACCAAACCGAGGCGGGCUUCCGAUUCGUCUUCCAUUCGGGUCAACUGAGCCAUCGCCUUCUCCAGAACGUACUCCGGGGCAUUCGGCUGCCUCAAGCAUCUACCCGAAUGACACGUCAAGCUCGUUCAAUGCACUGGAUGCCGCCGAUGACCUAGCGCCACCUCCAAAUAUGCAGACGGGCGAGCGACCGCUGAGCACUGGUUACGUGCACCAGCACAUGGCACGCGACAGCAUACAAAAUGACCGCGAUGCGGGAUCGCAUCUCGAGGCUUCGGCAGAGUUUGUCGACAGGAGCCGGAGCUUCAGCACACAAGGGUCUCACACAUCCCGCUGAUUCCCCUCACGCUGUUCUACAGUCGUGCUAACUGUUCCUCGCGCAGUUUUCUAGGCAAGACAGUUUGGCAGCGGCGUCGACGUUGAUUAUCUUCACAUAGCCUUCCUUUAUUGUAAUUUGGAGACCUGAAUUUUGAGCAUGCAGGCUUCGUAGCUCACGAAUUUCCUUCCUGUACACACUCAUCUUUUCAAAAGCGAUCCUUUGGCGUUGUAAGCGCACUUUCUACGUGGGAGGCUGGAUUGGGUGCUUUAGCGUGGGCAUAACAUGGCUUUGCACUAGGCGUAGGUUGGCAUGCAUCGGGCAUAAAUGCGCAGGGACUCGGGGAUGGGGUUUGAGGCGACUUCUUGGUUGUAUACCUACGGCUUUUGUGUAGGAUGAGGAGAGGGAGCGUAGUAUACCUGGCUGAAUAAUAAUUACCCUUCCAAUCUACACGAAAUGAUCUUCAUCGUUGUUCUCGGAUUGAU